AAAUAAAUAACUACCAGUAGUAGAGAAGCUGGUCGGGAUCGAAUCGAUCGUAUCGGAGGUGCCAGGGGAUCGCUUCCGAGAAGAAACUCAAAACACAUCGGUGCAUUGAUCAAAAGCCUGACGGAAACUCAACCGGCACCUCAACGACAUUCAACUUUCCAAGCAGAACCUCAGGAAAGAAUGAAGGUGAGAGUCUGAAGCGAGAAUGUCGACCGCAGCAAAGGUUGUGCAGAAUCACGGGGCGACCUCGCCUUAUGAAGUGCUGAUGGACGUGAUGGUCAAUUGGGAUUCGCCACCAUCACUGGAGGCGCAAUCGCCAGCAAUCAGUGAUGGAGUAGCUCCGGCACUAACGGCGCAGACUGUCGGUGAUAGGCUGUUGCACUGGAAAGGCAUCAUCAAGCAGAAUGGACGUGGUUCGUACUAUGCCGUAGGACAAGCCCUCCAUUCCAUGCUAUACGACGAGCAUCUUCUAAGCCCUAGCUGUUUUCACGUGUGGACGAAAACUGAGGUUGGCCUGACACGAAGCAACGUCUAUGAGUAUAUUCGCGGGUACAAGAUAGUACGAAUGAUCCGCAGUCAAGACCCCAACAUGUUAGUUCCGACGACUUUGUCGCAUUUCCGAGUGUUCAAUAGGAUUUCCUUGGAAGACAAUGGAGUGAAGGUGUUUCAGCUCUGGAAAGCAAUUCUGGAAUCAACACCACCAGAGAACAUACAUCAAUUGACAGCAAAGGAGAUUCUGGCCAAAGGCAAAUCUAUACUCUGCAACGGCACAAGCAAUUCGGACACCCCGCCAAAGCAUCAUCUCCAUGGUGAUGACUUUGAAAUGCAGGAGAGCCUACCUUCCUCUGCUUUGUCCCAGGUGGCUAGCAGUAACAAGCGCAGGCGUUCAGUUCGGGAACGUGCGCGCAGAUUCGUUGGUUACUCUCAAGCCGAGCAACAUGAUAUCGACUGUGAGGCGCAUGGCGAUGUUGAUUACAAUGGUGCCUACAGCUACACUGAUGACGACGCCGAUGAGCAACCAAUGUUCGAGACCAACAGUCGGACGACACACGCAGGUCAAGCAAAGCGCCGCAAUCACCCAAGCAGACAUCGCAAUCACCCAAGCAGACAUGUGAUGAGUAGCAGUGGUAACAAUGGCCACGGUAUGGCCAAUGACCAGCAACACGGCCAACAUUAUGAACGGCAUGUAAACGGUGACAUUGCUGUUCGUUCACCAGACGACGCAUUACCACCACUACCAGCACUUCUUCCAAUACCCGUGACACCAGGACGACUGGCUGGUAUUGCCAGGCGAUUGGUUAGGACUGGUUUUGAUGUGUCCGUGUGCCCAGCGGAGACAAGCCACGAGGAGUUGUAGAAGUUUAUUUAACGUCGCACCACAAACAGGCGAUUUCGCCUCCUUUGAUACAUGUGGACGACAGAAGGAAUGAGAGAGAGUGGGGGGGGGACAGAAGUAUGGAGAGAGGAAGGGUAGAAAUAUAUAGGAGUGUGUCAUCGAUGCAGAAACAACGCACAUGUCCCAUGGAUACAUGAAACCAUGGAGAGGAACAGUUUGGGGAAACUUCUCCGGACCCCGCUUUGACGACCAUGACGAACUGGCAGUCUACGUUGGUGCAGCAAUGGAUAGGUUCAACGCUGGAGAGUAUGACUCGGGAGUGUUCGUUGUGAAUGCGGCAUUCUUCUCCAGCUUCUUCCCCAAGCUACUCGAAUACCCGCACUGCUUUCGGCGGAAGCCACUGACUAGAGUCUCACUUGCCAGGUGAUAGUACCAAUGAUGAUGCCAUCAACCACCACCAAGUCAGUGUUGCCUACUUUGGAAGCGAUGCGAGCCAGUUUGUUCAGGUCAUGACCAACCAUGGCUACAUUCCCGGUGUCAAUAGCUGGUGUCCUUUCUAAUCAUUCCUAUAGAAAUAAUAAUUAUGCAGCGUAGUGGACAUACGGUAUCAUUGCUACUUCUUGUAUUGCUACUGUUCUAUCCUCUUGAUGUAACGACAGAGCUGUGAACGUUUUUGUUUUUUCACAGCUGAGCGUAGUGAAAGAGUGCAAAAAACGUAUUUUUCGCACGCAAAUAUUUUCAUGCGUUUUCUCUUGUUCUGAGCAACUCCAUUGAA